CGAUGCUCCGCUUGUUGCGGCGGCGAGUGGGCCUGUUCCCCUCAUUCUCCGCUCCGGAGCACGCUUGGACGGGGCUCUGGUCCGGCCUGGCUAGCCAGAGACACGGCUGGUUCUCAUCUACUAAGUUCCGCAGCAUUUCCACAAUGGGUUCCUCUGCGCCGGCGGGCUCGUACGCCACGCCGCAAUGGUGGAAGGAGGCGGUUGUGUAUCAGAUCUACCCGGCCUCGUUCCAGUCGCACGCGGGCGCGACCUCGGGCUGGGGCUCGAUCAAGGGCAUCACCUCGCGGCUCGACUACCUCAAGAGCCUGGGUGUCGACGUGCUGUGGUCCUCGCCCAUCCUCAAGAGCCCGCAGGCAGACAUGGGCUACGACAUUGCCGACUACAAGCAGAUCGACCCCAUAUACGGCACCCUCGAUGACGUCGACGAGCUCAUCCGCGAGCUGGGCAAGCGGGACAUGAAGCUCAUGAUGGACCUCGUCGUCAACCACACGAGCAACGAGCACCCGUGGUUCCUCGAGAGCCGCUCGUCCAGCGACCGCGCCAAAAACCCCAAGCGCGACUGGUACAUCUGGCGCAAGCCGCACCCAAAGACCGGCGGCCCUCCCAACAACUGGGCCCAGAUCCUCGGCGAGGGCAACUCGGCGUGGACCUUUGACGACAAGACUGGCGAGUACUACCUGAGCAUCUUCACGCCCGAGCAGCCCGACCUCAACUGGGAGAACCCCGACGUGCGCGCCGCGGUCUGGGACGUGAUGCACUUCUGGAUGAAGCGCGGCGCCGCGGGCUUCCGCAUGGACGUCAUCAACCUCAUCUCCAAGGUGCCCGGCCUCCCCGACGCAGAGGUCGUCCUCUCUGCCGGCCACAAGUACCAGCCGGCCUUCAAGUACUUUGUCAACGGGCCGAAGCUGCACGACUACCUGGGCGAGAUGCACCGCGAGGUGCUGAGCAAGUACGACACCAUCACGGUCGGGGAGAUGCCGGGGGUUAGCGACGAGCGCGAGAUCCUGCGCACGGUGGGCGCCGACGCGGGCGAGCUGCGCAUGAUCUUCAUCUUCGACCUGGUCGACGUGGACAAGGGCCACGUCCGCAUGGGGCUCAAGCCGUGGGGGCUGCAGGACGUCAAGACCAUCGUGGCAAAGUGGCAGAACGUCAUGAUCAACAACAACGGCUGGAACGCCAUCUUCAUCGAGAACCACGACAACCCGCGCUCCGUCUCGCGCUACGCCGACGACAGCGACAAGUGGCGGCACCACGGCGCCCGCCUGCUCGCGCUCAUGCAGACCACCCUCGGCGGCACGCUCUUCGUGUACCAGGGCGAGGAGAUUGGCAUGCGCAACGCCCCGCUCGAGUGGGACGUGAGUGAGUACAAGGACAUCGAGACCAUCAAUUACUGGAGCAAGUGCUGCGAGAUCUACAAGGGCGACAAGGAGAUGCUGCAGCACGCGAGGGCCGUCAUCGACGCGAAAGCGCGCGACCACUCGCGCACGCCCAUGCAGUGGUCCGCCGCAGACAAUGCCGGGUUCUGCGACGCCGGCGUCAAGCCGUGGAUGCGCGUCAUGGACGACUUUCGCGAGGUCAACGUCGAGGCCCAGCAGCAGCAGAAGAAGCACGACUUGUCGUCGCCUGCCGCCACCGCCAUCGGCACCGCCGGCGACGACGAGCGGCCGCUCUCGGUCUGGAGGUUCUGGCAGCGCGCGCUGGCCGACCGCAAGGAGCACGCCGCGGCCCUCGUGUACGGCGGCUUCCAGGAGCUCGACCACGAGCACCCCCAGGUGUUUGCGUACACGCGGAGCAGCGCCGACGGCGCCGAGAAGUGGCUCGUCCUGCUCAACUUCUCGGCCCGGCAGGUCGAGUGGUAUGUGCCCGAGGGCAUGGAGAUCAGGCAGUGGGAGAGGGGCACGUAUAUCGCGGGCAGGCCGGGCAAGCCUGCACGAAGCAUGGUGCCGCUGAGGCCAUGGGAGGGUGUGCUGGGACGGCUAGCGUGAAAGCGACAGAAAAACCGACAACAACCAGGGUUAUGAAUAUAAAUAGACUUCGGUAGAAGCUAUAGAAGCACGGGAGAAUGGAGACCGGGGCGUCUCUGUACGCGCGGAUAUGCCACCAGCAAGUGAUCGCCUUCCUUCCUAUCCUGAGUCGGGGUAUUUCAUCCGCGCGCGAGCAAUCUCGGC